AUUAUCACUACUCAAUCUACUGACAAAUGCAUUUUUUUUUUCUUAAAGAAUUUAUUACAUUAUUUACAGCAGUUUGAUUUCUGGGGUGGACUUGUGGUGAGUGGAAAAUUGCAGGAAUCGGAAGAUAUGGAAAACGGUACCUUAAAAUGCUCAGCAAACUAUAUUCCUUUAACGCCCAUUAGUUUCUUGGAAAGAUCGUCUGUUGUGUACGGAGACAGAGUUUCUGUUGUCUAUGGUCAUAUCAACUUCACCUGGAAACAGACCCAUCACAGGUGCCUCCGCCUCGCCUCCGCCCUCAGCUCCGCCGGAAUUUCUCGCGGCGAUGUUGUUGCGGUUUUGGCCCCAAAUAUACCAGCAAUGUACGAGCUCCACUUUGCUGCUCCAAUGGCAGGCGCAGUCCUUUGUACACUCAACAUACGCCACGACUCAUCGAUGGUUUCAGUCUUGCUCAAACAUUCCAAAGCCAAAUUCAUAUUCGUCGACUAUCAGCUUUUCGAUACUGCCAAGGGAGCACUCAAACUCUUAUCCGGUCAAGGCAUCAAAUUACCUUAUCUAGUCUUAAUCCAAGAAUCCGAUAACCCAAUUUCAACCCUAGAAUAUCAAGAAUACGAGUCUUUCCUAGCAUCAGGAAAACCCAAUUUUUUAGUAGUGAGGCCGAAAGACGAAUUUGACCCUAUCGCCCUCAACUACACCUCGGGCACAACUUCGAGCCCCAAAGGAGUUGUUUAUAGCCACAGAGGAGCCUAUCUGAAUUCUCUAGCGGCAGCUCUUCUCAACGAGAUGCUAUCCAUGCCGGUGUAUUUAUGGUCUGUGCCGAUGUUCCACUGCAACGGGUGGUGCCUCACCUGGGCCGUGGCGGCACAGGGCGGCACCAACAUCUGCCUGAGGAACGUCACCGCCGAGGGAAUAUUCCGCAGCAUAUUCCUCCACCGAGUCACCCACAUGGGCGGCGCCCCCACCGUCUUGAACAUGUUAAUCAACGCACCCAUUGACCAACGAAGACCUCUCCCUGGAAAGGUUUCGGUCAUGACAGGUGGCGCACCGCCACCUCCUCAGGUGCUCUUUAAGAUGGAGGAGCUAGGAUUCAGUGUGACUCACUCGUACGGGCUAACCGAAACAUACGGGCCGGGUACGGUUUGCACUUGGAAACCCGAGUGGGACCCGCUACCCGCGGAAGAACGGGCCAAGAUCAAGGCCCGUCAAGGGUUACACCAUCUCGGAAUGGAAGAGGUUGAUGUAAAAGAUCCUUCCACCAUGGAAAGUGUACCGUCCGACGGAAAAACAAUGGGGGAGGUUAUGUUUAGAGGAAACACCGUUAUGAACGGUUACUUAAAAGAUCUAGAAGCUACUAAAGACGCCUUUAGAGGGGGGUGGUUUCGGAGCGGUGACCUGGCGGUAAAGCACUCUGACGGGUACAUAGAAUUGAAGGACAGGUCGAAGGAUAUCAUUAUCUCCGGUGGGGAGAAUAUAAGUACGAUCGAGGUGGAGGGGGUGAUAUUCGGGCAUCCGGCGGUUAUGGAGGCGGCAGUGGUGGGGCGGCCGGAUGAUUAUUGGGGGGAGACACCUUGUGCGUUUGUGAAGCUGAAGGAUGGCUGUGAGGCAACUGCGGGUGAUGUUAUCGAGUAUUGUAGGGGGAGAUUGCCGCGUUAUAUGGCUCCGAGAACUGUGGUGUUUGAGGAUUUGCCCAAGACUUCGACUGGGAAGGUGCAGAAGUUUGUUCUUCGGGAGAAAGCGAAAGCUAUGGGGAGUCUUUCGAAAAUCGUAAGCAAAAUGUGAAGCAUUUCAUUUUGGCCUGUUUAAUGUUUGUAAUAUAAAUUGUAUAAGUUGUUUUCAAAAUUAUUGUAACAAACAAGAAGAUGAUUUGGUGGAUACAAAUCUAAUAAGAUCUAUUGGAGAUAUUAAUAUUAAAUGA